CUGAUUUCCCCAAUUGAGGCCGAGUCCCGAGAGCCGAGAGGAGGCACCUGCGCUACCUGCAGCUGCGAACCGUGCGCACCCGUCUUCCCCAGAUCCGGCGCCGCCGCCUAAUCCGCGCCUGCUCGCGCCAGAGAGAUCGUUCCGGGGACAGCCGAGCAGAGCAGAGCAGAGCUGACUCUGCUUGCUUGCCUGUUCUUGGUUGCUGUGGCUGCUGGCGUGCGUGCACGAGGAGCGGUUGAUUUGAUUCUCUCUGUCCCUCUCUCUCUGCUCUCGCUUCGCGCGCGCGGGGGGUGCGUGCACGUACCAUGAGAAGAUGAUGCGCGCCAGGCCCAAAGGUACAUUCGCCGACGCGAUGAGGGAGAGCUCCCCUCCUCCGGCUCCGGCUUCGGCGGCGGCGGCGGCGGCGGUGAAAGAGGACGAGUGGGAGGUGCGUCCGGGCGGGAUGCUGGUGCAGAAGCGGAGCCCCGACGCGGACGCCCCCGCCGGGGCGCCCGUCCCCACCAUCCGCGUCAAGGUCAAGUUCAACGGCGUCUACCACGAGAUCUACAUCAACUCGCAGGCCUCCUUCGGUGAGCUCAAGAAGUUGCUGUCGGCGCGGACGGGGCUGCACCCCGAGGACCAGAAGCUCGUGUACAAGGACAAGGAGAGGGACUCCAAGGCGUUCCUGGACAUGGCCGGCGUCAAGGACCGCUCCAAGAUGGUGCUGCUCGAGGACCCCGCCGCGCAGGCCAAGCGCCUCCUCGAGCAGCGCCGCACCGACAAGGCGGAGCGAGCCGCCAAGUCCAUCUCCCGCAUCAGCCUCGACGUCGACAAGCUCGCCACCAAGGUGUCGGCGCUGGAGACCAUCGUCAGCAAGGGCGGCAAGGUGGUGGAUGCCGACGUGGUCACCCUCACCGAGGCGCUCAUGAACGAGCUGGUCAAGCUGGACUCCAUCGCCGCCGAGGGCGAGGUCAAGGUGCAGCGGCGAAUGCAGGAGAAGCGGGUGCAGAAGUACGUGGAGACGCUGGACGCCAUCCGCGCGAAGAACGCGGCGGCGGCGGCGCCCAAGGCGAACGGCAACAUGAACGGCCACGCCAAGCCCCGCGCGCCGCACCUCCCGCCGCGCCCGCCGCCCGUGUCGCAGCGGCGGAACUUCCAGCAGCAGCCCUCCCCGGCGCCGCCCACGCAGAGCUGGGAGUCGUUCGACCUGCUGUCGUCGGUGCCGUCCACGUCCUCGGCCGCCGUGACCACAACCAUGGCGGCCGCGACCACCACCUCGCCGGCCGGCGCCUCCCCGUCCCCGAUCCCGCGGUUCGACUGGGAGCUCUUCUGAAGCCACUCCUCAGCGCGUGCCGGUUGAUCGAUCAGACGGUACCUCCCUUUGUCCAUGGAUCAUUAGUGCCAUUGUUUCUUCUGUGGAUUCUUUCCAUUUCUAUUUUUUCUCUUCUUUUCUUCCAUUUCCUUUCGAUUUGUAUAUCUACUAUAUAUCUACAAAAAGAACAGAGACCGACCCCGGUGCGCCGAGUGUGUUCAGUGAGUUGAGUGAGUCAAAGUCCGUCAGUUCACAACUCCUCCUCAUGUCAUGAGGAUCCAUCCAUGCGUGUUGUUCAGUGACAGCAAAUAAGUGGUGGUCUUCUUACCAUGACGAUGAAGAAAUUUUCAUGAAAAUAUACACACAUAUAAAUAGCAUGUA